AAACCUAUUAAAAGGUUUCAAGUCGUAUUUGGGAAUUUUCGUUUCUGCAAAUACAAUCAAUAUUCAAUAUGCACCCCAAAACCAUACGAAACACUCAUACAGACUUCAUCUCCAUAUUCACAAUCCACACCCAAAACCUGUAUUUCCUUCAAUCCCUCUCUGCUUUCUGACUUUCUCUUUCCUGGUGUUUAUUUGCAUGCCCUCCAUGGCACUUGUUUCGGCUAAAAAUUGAAAAAUUAGGGCACAAAACAAUCUUCGAUCGAAGCCUCGGGGAAGAUGUAAUUCAAGAAAUAUUCGACGAAUAACAUUUUUCUGGGGUUCCAAGCUCGCCGGUAAAAUAUAUUUUUUAUAGUGUUUGUCUUUUCUAUUUGUGGAAAAAAAGUUCUAAGCGCGAAUGAAGGGUUCGUUGGAUCGAACGAAGGUUGUGCUUCGGCACUUGCCACACAACAUUUCUCAGUCAGCGCUCAUGGAGCAAAUUGAUGCCCGUUUUUCCGGUCGUUACAACUGGUUCUGUUUCCGUUCCGGGAAGAACAGUCUGAAGUGUCAAUCCUAUUCCAGAGCCUACAUUGACUUUAAGCAUCCAGAUGAUGUCAUUGAGUUUGCAGAGUUCUUUGAUGGACACGUGUUUGUUAAUGAAAAGGGCACCCAAUUCAAAACUAUUGUCGAGUAUGCACCUUCACAACGCGUUCCAAAACAAUGGUCUAAGAAAGAUGGACGUGAAGGCACCAUAGACAAAGAUCCUGAAUAUCUUGAAUUCCUCGAGUUAAUUUCAAAGCCUGUCGAGAAUCUUCCUAGUGCAGAGAUACAAUUGGAAAGAAAGGAAGCCGAACGAGCUGGUAAUGCUAAGGAGGCACCUAUAGUUACUCCAUUAAUGGAUUUUAUUCGCCAAAAAAGAGCAGCCAAGGGUGGAUCUCGGAGGUCAUUGCCUAAUGGGAAGUUAAUGAGAAGGGGUAGUGGUGCAUCAUCAUCAUCUUCAACAUCAAAUUCUCCUGCAUUAAAACGUGGUUCAGAAAGAAGAAGGACUUCAACGACCAUGUAUGUCCCAAGGGAUACUGGGAAGGGUAGAAGUGGUAAAGAAAAGUCAACAUAUGUUCAGGUCCAUAAACCUAAUGAUCAACAGCCUGUUUCUGGAAGCGUUGUACUGGAGGAAGGACGGGGUUCUUCUGGAACUCCUGAUAUUGGGAAAAAGAAAAUUCUGCUGUUGAAGGGAAAAGAAAAGGAAAUACCCCUUAUAAGCAGUGGUUUGUCAUCUGUGAAAAUAUCCCAUGGGUCUGGUGCUCCAAAACAAAGGGAGGGUCAGGGUAGUAGUGGAAGGGUGAUUAGAAGCAUACUUAUUAACAAAGAUUCACAACAAAAUAUAAAUCGGGAAAUUGACAGAAAACCCCCUAGACCUCCUCCACCAUAUAAUGGCUUGCAAGAUGACAUGGAGAAACGUAGUACUAGGAACAAGGAUAGACCUGAUCGUGGUGUGUGGACCCCACUUAGGCAUUCUGAUGAUGAAUCUCUUUCAUCUUCACUUUCUCAAUCCAAACCAGAUUCUUCAGAAGGAACUCAUGGAGAGGGAAAGUAUGACACGAGGGCUGGAAGUGGACGUGGUGGUCAUUUCUCACCUGAUAAUGAUAAAUAUGCAGGCUCCCAUAAGCAUGGUGGAAGGCGUGGGCCAUCAUCAUAUAACAACACUAAGGAUGCAGAUGGUUCAAAAAAAGGAGUUUCUAGUGGCUAUGGUUCUCAUGAGAAACAGGUCUGGGUUCAGAAGUCAAGCUCUGGUUCUUAGUCUUGUUAGUAAGUUGAGUUGAGAGAUUGGAUUUUUUACAGUAUUGGGAGUUGGGAGCAUAAACGUGAUUGAUUGCAUCCAAGAAAGUUUUGUUUUUUGCUAGGAAGCAAAAAAAGAUGGUUAAGCAAAGAAGGCUUUUUUUCUGUGGGACCCUGUGAACGGGUGAGAUUACGAUUCUACCCCCCCUACUUACAAGUUACAAAUGGAAACAUGAAAAAGGAAAAAAGGAAAAAGGAAAGAGGAACGGGAUGUGUUUUUUUGUUGAACAAAAAACAAAAAAAAAAAAAGGUGAGUGAGUGAGUGAGUAAGGGGGAUUCUUAUGAUUAUGGUUAUGAUUAUCCUAAAAUAUAAGAGAUGUUGGGUUGGGUGGUUUACCUUUAAUAUAAAAUAGGUGAAAUGAAAUUGAAGGCUGAUUGUUUGUAAAUACUAACCUCAAAAUGGUGGGUGUGUUAUGUUAUGUUAUGUUAUGUUGCACUUGCAAAUAGAGAGAUGGUGAUGGGGGAGAUAUGAGCAUGAUUUUAUUAUGGUGUUCUUGUAACUCUGGUUUGUGAUUAGGCCAUGAUGCCAACAAGCCUUUGUGGUUUGAGUUUGGUUUUGGUUUUGUUUCAUCAAAGGAAAUGAUGUUUGAUCUUUAUUUGAUAAUCAUGAUUUGGUAAUAUAAAUGGGUUUGUGUA